GGUCGGGUCAUUCCGGUGUACCCGAAUCAAGGUCGAGUUUUUUCUGUUAAGCGUCAAUGGCGGAAACUCCCAAAUUUCAUCGAAAGAGAUCAAGAAAGGAACUCGGAGAUUCGAAUUCAUGGGUAUAUUGAGUUACGCCGUCGCCGGCGGCGGGUUUGCGGUAAUCGGCGCGUGGGAGUCACUGGACUCAUCGAACCUUGAUCCGAAUCCAUCUACCGGUACUGAUCCGUCUUCCCCUACGGCGGCUCAGAUCACUCCGUCUCCGCCCAAAUCAGUUGGAUCGUCUUCCGUCCCCGUAGCUUUGCUUUCGUCUCUGUUCAUAGCCAACUCGAUUUACUCCUUCUUCAGCUCAAUCGGAUCCAGCGACCGGGUCGGAUCGAUGCUCCAGUUACAGAUCCUGGCGGUCGCAGCUUUAUUCCUAGUGUACGCCGUCGUAACCCAUCUGGUCAACUCCAAAAACGGAGGCUUUGCAGCUCUUCCGUCUUCGAUCACGAGCCUGUUGCUUCUCUUCGGCUUCAUCGAGGAGUUUCUCAUGUUCUACCUCCAGAAGAAGGACACAUCCGGAAUCGAGAAUCGCUACUACGAUCUCAUGCUCGUCCCCAUCGCCGUCUGCGUCUUCUCCACGGUCUUCGAGCUCAAAUCCGACGCAACCACGCAUCGAUUCGCGAAGCUAGGGCGCGGGAUCGGGUUGAUUCUGCAAGGAACGUGGUUUCUGCAAAUGGGUAUAUCGUUUUUCACGGGGUUGAUCACUAACAACUGCUCGUUUCACGAGAAGAGCAGAGGCAAUUUCACCAUCAAGUGCAAAGGACACGGUGAUUAUCACAGGGCCAAAGCUAUCGCUACGCUUCAGUUUAACUGCCAUUUGGCUCUCAUGGUGGUUUUAGCUACCGCGUUGUUCUCCGUCGUCGCGAACAAGAAAGGUUAUCUCCGUGAAGAAGAUCAUUCAAAGUAUCGGCCUCUCGGAGCUGAGAUGGAAAAUUUAAGUAACUUCACUCUCGAUUCUGAUGAAGAAGAUAGUAACGUAGCUAAGGAAACUGCUCUUAAUGGAAUCAUCACCUCACACGCUUAAAGGUAUCAAAGUUUCAGACUUUUUUUUCUGUUGAUUUUCUACAAAUGUUGUUGGGAGGAUUGAUGAAAUGAUAUGUAAUGUAACCAAACACACGAAAUAAAAAAAGUUGAAAUCU